AUGCAACAGCCCAAGUCGCAGCCCAAGCCAGCAGCUCAAGUCGCAGCCCAAGUAUUCUUUUACCUGACGUUGCCACUCACGUACUUAUCGCAACGUCAGAACUACUGGACGCCGGUGGACUCGCAUGUCCUGCUGGGAGCAGCGUCCACAGCUUUUGUGCCUCAUGUUGACGCUCCAGUAGCUUGUGGGGUUGGUGCAGUUGUCAAUCGAUGUGAUGAGUACGCAUGCCCUACGAACCAGUACAAGAGACACCACAUCCAGCAGCUUCAACUGCCGACAGUUGACCACUUAUAUCCGUCACUUGAGGCAUUAACAGCAGCCGUUGCGUUUAUCCAGAUGCAGAAACAACGGGAGUCAGGACGAGUAUCUGAAUGGGAAAACGCCACGUGCGCAAAGUUGCUUUACUUGCAUCCAGAUGUCCGUGCGUUCUACCACAAGGUUUGGUCGUUGAAUGAAGGUGACAAGCAGGAUGAAGAUGGAGUGCUGCCAAGGAGAAAGAAAAAAGAUCCGGAUGCUGUCAAUCAGAAACCUCGCGUUGAGAACAAAAUUGUCGCUGAGCUGGCGCGCUCGCAGGCGUUUUACCAUGCCAAAGGCAUGGAACUCUUUGCCGUACCAUGUCAAUCUAUUGCAAAGCUCUACACUGCCAAUGUAGGACAUCUGAAAGGGGCAGCGCAAGUGAGGCACAAGCGAGCUAGAGGAUAUAGUAGAAAAUCUGGGCACUCGUACCUCUCGUGCUCUAUGCUGCGUUCCAACGGCGUCUUCUGCCCAAGCCAGCAGCCCAAGUCGCAGCCCAAGCCAGCAGCUCAAGUCGCAGCCCAAGUAUUCUUUUACCUGACGUUGCCACUCACGUACUUAUCGCAACGUCAGAACUACUGGACGCUGGUGGACUCGCAUGUCCUGCUGGGAGCAGAGUCCACAGCUUUUCUGCCUCAUGUUGACGCUCCAGUAGCUUGUGGGGCUGGCACAGUUAUCAAUCGAUGUGAUGAGUACACAUGCCCUACGAACCAGUACAGGAGACACCAUGUAACGGGGUGA